AUGUGGAUCGUCAACUGGUUUUACGACGUGCUGUCCUCGCUCGGACUGCUUAACAAGCAUGCCAAGCUGCUCUUCCUCGGGCUGGACAAUGCUGGGAAGACGACGCUUCUGCACAUGCUCAAGAACGACCGUGUCGCCAUCCUCCAGCCUACUCUCCACCCUACUUCGGAGGAGCUGGCCAUCGGCAACGUCCGCUUCACCACGUUUGACCUCGGCGGUCACCAGCAGGCCCGCCGUAUCUGGAGGGACUACUUCCCCGAGGUGAACGGCGUCGUCUUCCUCGUCGACGCCAAGGACCACGAGCGCUUCCCCGAGGCCAAGGCCGAGCUCGACGCUCUCCUGUCCAUGGAGGAGCUCUCCAAGGUCCCCUUUGUCAUCCUCGGCAACAAGAUUGACCACCCCGACGCCGUUUCCGAGGACGAGAUGCGCCACCAGCUCGGCACCUACCAGACCACCGGUAAGGGCAAGGUUCCUCUCGAGGGCAUCCGUCCCAUCGAGCUCUUCAUGUGCUCCGUCGUCAUGCGCCAAGGUUACGGCGAGGCCAUCAGGUGGCUGUCACAGUACGUCUAA